UGACGCAAGACACUUUAUAUAACGAGAGAAAAAUAUUCUGAAAAUUCCGUAGAAAGUUGCAACGGUGAAAGGGGCUCUUGCAGGGCCGAUAGCUAUUUUCAAUGGCUACGUCCCUGGACGAAGGAGUGUAUUUCGGGGAGAUUGUUGGCGGAUUACGGGGAAAACGGAGAAAGGGGCAUGCAGUUGUCCUCGCGUUGGAUUACGGAAAACCGAUAGAUCACUUGUGCCGUGAACACUCAGACAGAUUGUCCUUUUUAAGAGUACUACUGAGGGUGCAUUCGUGUCACGACACUCCGAUCAACGUGUUUGAUCUAUUUAUUUUGGAAACAUGAAGGCGAUAGUACUGUUUUGUGUGAUGUCACUGUACGUGAUUGCUGGACACCACUGUCACGGCGGCAACAAAUGGUGGCAAAAAAUGUCGCUGUAUCAGAUUUACCCGAGAAGCUUUAAAGACAGCGACGGAGAUGGUAUAGGGGAUUUGAAAGGUAUCGCGAGCAAGUUGGAUCAUCUGAAAGAAUCGUUUGUCGAUGCUUUCUGGAUAUCUCCCAUUUUCCCUAGCCCAAUGGUCGAUUUUGGCUACGACAUUUCAAAUUUCAUCGAUAUUGAACCUCUUUUCGGUACGAUGAAAGAUUUUGAGGAUUUGCUGGAUACCGCUCAUAGCAAGUCUUUAAAGGUGAUUCUGGACUUCGUCCCGAAUCAUUCUUCUGAUCAGCACGAAUGGUUCCAGAAAAGCUUGAAGAAAAUCGAACCAUUCACCGAUUACUACGUUUGGCAUCCAGGGAAAAAGCUUGAGGAUGGUACCGUUGUACCACCAAAUAACUGGGUGAGUGUGUUUGGAGGACCGGCUUGGACGUGGAAAGAGGAACGUCAGGCAUAUUACCUUCAUCAGUUUACUGCAGAGCAACCAGAUUUCAACUACCACAAUCCAACUCUUGUAAAAGAGAUGCAUGACGUUCUUAGGUUUUGGUUAAAUAAGGGCGUGGAUGGCUUUAGAGUGGACGCUAUACCCCAUCUCUGCGAGGAUCAGAGAUUUUUGGAUGAACCACUGUCAGGCACCACUAAUGAUCCAAAUGACUACGACUAUACGAUUAAAACGUUUACCAAAGAUCAGCAGUUGACUUACGAUAUAGUGAAGGGUUGGAGUGAAGUACUCGCUGAGUACAAUGGCGAUAAAGUCAUGAUGAUGGAAGCAUACGCAACCAUACCAUUGACAAUGAAGUACUACCAUUAUGGAGCCAGCUUCCCUUUUAACUUUGAGAUGAUCGCAAAUUUGAAUAACCAGUCGACGGCUGCAGAUUUCAAAAACAUGAUCGAUACAUGGAUGUCGAAUAUGCCAGAGGGAGCAACAGCUAACUGGGUGGCUGGGAACCACGAUAAACCGAGAGUGUUGAGUCGGUUCGGACCUAGGACUCGCGCGGUCACCUUAUUGACGCUUUUAUUGCCUGGUGUCAGCGUGACGUAUAAUGGCGAUGAAAUCGGCAUGGAAGACACUUGGAUUUCGUGGGAAGAUACCAAGGACCCGCAAGGAUGUAACGCUGGUAAAAAUAGAUAUGAACAAAUGUCCAGAGAUCCUGAAAGAUCGCCAUACCAAUGGGACGCAACUAUUUCCGCUGGAUUUUCGUCGAAUUCAACUACAUGGCUUCCGGUUAAUAAAAAUUACAAAACUAUCAAUCUAGAAACAGAGAAAGGAGAAAAGGACUCCUACUAUAAUUUCUAUAGAUCGAUUGCAUGGCUGAAGACAGCGCCAUCCGUGAAGAAAGCAAACUUAGUUACGAAUCUGUUGAGCCAUAACGUUUUAUUGAUUGCGAGGGAAACUGAGGACGACGAAUCUGUUUACGCAAUAUUGAACCUAGGAGGUAUGCAAGAAACGGUGGACCUUGUAAAUUUCUAUAAUGUACCGUGCGGAUUGAAGGUGUACUACUCCACGGAUAACUUUAAUUUUAAAACAGGGGACUUCUUGUGCCAAGCCAGGAAUGUGCAAGUGCCUCCGUAUGGAAUAGCGGUUUUAAUGAAACAUUAGGACCAAGAACUACUAUUAUGUUCAGAAAUGAUCUCUACCUAUUAUCAACCAUACUCUAUAAAUUAUUAUAAUUUACAUACGUCUUGAACUAUCAAGCCGAUCUGAUUUUCUCAAUAGUUAGAUGUUUAUGUUUUCAAUGUUGUGUAUCUCGCAUAAAAAUAAAAUAAGUAUAAUUUACUGACAUUGUUCCUCAAGAAGUUGUGUUAUUUAGUAUUUAAUUCCGCUCUUAUUAAGAUGAGGACCUGUUAAAAUAAAUAAACUGAAGUUUUCUAUGUAAACUUUGCAAAUUUUUUACUUAAGACCACUACUUUUUUAAUUCCUGUUUGCAAUCAUGUAAAAUUGAUGUACUUACAAGCAGUGACU